AGGUCAAUAUUUUUGUGGGUAAUUUUGUUUUGGGAUAAUUUACAAACUGAGCUGACCAUCUGUGUGUACUGUGUGAACUAUUUAUAGCAAUGAGUUCAUUUUGUCUUGAGCUUACAUGCUGCGCAAGUGAAUGAAGUUAUUCCUUUCAAGUUAACCGAUUUUAUACUCCACCUGAAGUUUAACUUCAUCUCCCGAGGCCUAGGCUACCUUGAACCUUCAAAUUCUUAUUAUUUUCUUCAUUUGGGAGUUACUCUUAUCAUGGAAGAGGGAGAGUGGAAACAACUGGCUAUUGAAAAGCAGGCUGCUUAUUAUGAAACUUUGGGAUCAAGACAUUGCGAUGAAAUUGAUAAGAAAGACCUUUUCCUGCUUAAAAAAAAAGUGGGAUAUGCUACGUGUGGGAAACCAGAAGAAUUGCCCAGCAGUACAAAUUACAACACGGGGUAUAAGAAAGAGGAAUUGAAGCACAUAAAAUCUAUCUGCGAUAAAAUUAUAGAAAAGAGUGAUCGUGAUCCAAUCAAAUUUUCUUGUACAAUACUAAUCCUCAAUCUCAAAGGCUCCCUAUGUGAAACGCCAGUUUUUAGGAUUAUAACUGACACUGGGAACUUAUUCAUUGAUAUUAAUUCCAGAGUUUACCUGAACUGGGAUAUGUUUAUUGAAAAUAACAAAUUACCUGAAUGUGAAUACUGCUUCCCAGUAGGCGGAGAGUAUGAUAUGGAAAAAGAACUUGUUGUGGGCUUUGCCUUUUCGCCUGCAAGUAAGCUAUUCAACAAAGCUACAAACUGUUUGGACACAGCUGGAUCAGUGGCAGCCGUAGCUGCUGCAGGUGUUUUUGCUGCAGGAGCAUUUGUGUCUGUGGCACCUGUAGCCCUCUCUGCAGCAGGAGCUACUGCUCUCUGCACUGGAGUGUACAGUGUAACUAGGAGUGUUGGCUCUUUGUAUGAUAGGAAUAAACAUGAUCAAUCCAUCGGACUGAAAGAUCAAGAGUCCAGAUCUGCCUGGAUGGCCAUUGGAUCAUCAGCAGUUGGCUUGUCGCAAAUGGCUGCACUCAGAGGAGCUCAAAAAGUAGUUGAAAGUGGUCGAUCCUUAGGUAAGCUCAGUGUAUUUGGAUUACACGCACUAACAGCAUCUUCUCUUGUGAUCAGCGGUUUUGGCUUUGUAGAAAACCUCUUCAACUUUGCUGAUAAGUACAACAAAGGGAGCCUUUCGAAGAAAGAUGUUUUUGACCUAUCAUGUGAGUUGUUGUUUCUUUGCAAUGCAAUUGCCUCAGCAAAAGCGACAUCACAGCUUGUUAACAAUAUGAAUCUAGCUGUAGUGGAAGCAUCAUCUCAAAAGAAGUUGACCAAGACUCAGAAAAGAAAUUUAAGAAGACGAGUUGCUAAAAGAAAAGCAAAGGGUUUACCAGUUAAUGUUUCUGAGGAAACCAAUAAAUUUGCAACGGUGGGAAUAUCAGGAACCCUACAGUUGCUUUUGUUUGAGGCUGUGAAAGCAUAUUCUCCGAGAUUGCAAGAGAUUCUUUAUACAUGCCAAUCUAUCGGUCAUGAUGUAAUGUGCUGGAGAACUCAUGAAAUUUCUGAUUUUGUUCUGUUGAAAAAUCUGGGAGAAAAAUUCAUAAAACUGUACAACAACCAUAAAGAUGAAAUCUUGGAAGUUGUGAACCGGAUAAAAAAAUUUUUCAGUUCAAUUAUUGAUGAAUUCUUACAAUUUGUCUCCAAAUUAUUUGAAACUGCCUCUGAGGAACUGAAACAGAUUUUUUGCUCCAAAGUAAUUGAUAUGGAAGAUGAGAUGGAAUUAUUGAUCAAUGAAGCUGAAGGAUCGGUUAUUAGUUUGCAUGAGAGUUUGAAGUUGGAUUACAACCCCGCCAGUUUCGACUGCAAUGAUGAAUGUGAAAGCCUAGAUGAUGAUAACCUCAAUCCAGAAACUCAAAACCUUCUGAAAAGUUGCAGUGAGGUUAUUGAUGCAAGUAAUUUGUGUUGCAAUGAUAUUGAGGAUUUUGAAGACAUAUUAGAUUCUGUAAAACAUGUCGUUGUAAGCGAGCAUAAAAGAAAACUUGACGAAUACAUGAAAUCCCUAAAAGCAGCUAAAGCAGCAUCAGGGGAUGGAUUCAGUGUUGAAAUAUUCCAUAGCAUGCUUGGGGUACGAGGGGAAGUAAGUAAUCACAUAUUGAAAGAAAUUUUAAGUGAAGUAACCACUGAUAGUACUAUUUACAAAAUCAAAUCCAAGCUCAAAGAUAUGAAAAACACUAAAGAUCGAAGCACUAUACCUGUGUGGGAAGCUUUAACUUCUGGAAUGUACCAAUACUACGGUCCUCACGGCACAGGUGAAUUGUCCUUAGAUAAGUUACUCCUUGUUGUAAAAGAUGCUGUGGGGCCCAUUGUUGUUGACAACAAACGCCUUAAUCUUGAUGCAGAAAACCUUUCUCGCAUCCAAGAAAAGGACAUAGUCAUGUUUUCAAUCAAUGAUCAACCAAAUGUACAAAUUGUAGUUUUUUGUGGUAUAACAGAAGAAAACACUGCAACAGGUUUAAUAAUGGUAGUAAAGUAGGCCUAAACAAUGCUCAGAAUUGAUUUUAUUUUAGAAAUCAGGUGAGUUUAUAUUUGAUCCAAGCGUGUUAUAAUCUAUAAUACCAAAUAUAACCCAUUGACAACGACUUUCAGGUCUAGCACAUCACCUCAAUUCGCCGCGAGAUAGUCAUACUGCUAACCCACCAGCCCUCUAGUACAUAUAAUUUUUAAAUCAAAUUUAAAAAAACUAAUUUUUAAAUGUUGAAUCUAGCCUGCAAGCGCUAGUGUCAUCGUGUGCUUAAACCCGUUUGGCCGACGGUGUCAUGAUAGUUCAGUUGGCUAAGUCUGACGAGUGUAGUGUUCAAGUUUUUUCUACAUGCACGGAUUCAAAUCCUUUACAUAUGUAAUCCAUAUUGAGCCUGUUAAUGUAUGGCUUAGAUGGAGUGGAGGACCUAUCUUAAAUAAGCAGUGUCCGCGGCUUGGGUGGAAGUUACAGCAUUAGUAAUUUCAAAACGGUUGCACACAACAUCUGCUCUGCUUCUUUUUAAAUUGGUACAGAGGAGGACACAGAUUUUUUUAAGUAUGGACAAAUCUGUUGAAAUACAUGUACGUUUAUAAAACAUAAAAGGACAUUUUCUAAAAAAUAUUAUAGAUGAAUUAAAAAAAAUCUGUUGUCAAUGGGUUAAUGUAUAUCAAACAAUCUAUUGGUGCUAAUUUAACUCUUAGCUAGUUUCCCAAAAUUAAUCCAUAGAAAAGUGUAGAGGUUUUUGAUGUUGAAACUUGAUUCUAGUCGUUUAAUCUUCUGACUAAUAAAUAAUGCUGGCUGCUGAAUCAGAUGUUCUAGGUAACAAAGCAAUUAAACCAUUGUUCACAUAAUUACUUUGAGUUGGUAUUUAAAACCAAAUGAAAAGUAGAGGGUAAAGUCUAUUAUGUUCAUCAAUUCAUUUGGUCACAAUCACAAUCUGUGUUGUUUAUCACAAUAUCAAUUAUUUUGUUUGAGUAAGUAAAAACUCAGUUUAUUCAAGUUUUAAUUAGGUGUUAAAUUACAUCAGUGAAUCCCAUAAAACAAAUAAGUGUUAUUACAAUUUAUGGCUGUUAAUAUUUAUUACAAUAAUAGUUACUACUAAAAUAUAAAGUGCCAAAGAAUGAGUCUAGUCUGAUCUAUUUUAAUUUUAAGAUGAAUAAGAGUAAUUGACAACCUUUUGAUUGACAUUUUAUUUUAGUCAGACAAGGGAAAUAUGAGUGUUACUAAUACAUGUAGGGAAAGAAGUGCCAGCAUGAUAAUGUUUGGUGUCGUAUUUGUGAUAUUCAUACACGUGGCAAUAUUCUUUUUAAGCUCACAUUUUUUAUCGUAAUAUUUUAUUGGCAUUUUAAUGUGAUUAUGUAAGUGCUGCUAAGUAUUAUUUAUUGGAUGUAGUAAUCUCCCCUUUCCAUCUAUACAGAACUGUAAUAAUACUUAAGUAUAAUAAUAAUAAUAACUGUACACGUGAUUGUAAAUGGGGGUGUUCAUAGUACCUAUUUUAUAUUGUAAACUUAUUUGUGCAACUAGUAGCCAAAGUGACAUUUCAAUUUAGAUUAAAAUGCUGUGACACAUGGCAAGCCUUGUGUGUCAACUUUUUUAUUGAGUUUAGGAAAGACAUGUUGACCAACACAUUUGAUUUAGUCCGCAGUUGUCAUUAUGAGGUCCCUCUAACUGGCCAUUUAAAAGUCUUACUUCAGUAAUGAAAAUAACAAAUAGGUCCAGAGCUUAUUUUUAAGGGAUUUCCACUGGACGACAGUGGUGACGGACUUAAUACCCCCCCCCCAUCCCAUCAAAAAGGGGGGUCCGAGGUCCCACCUGGAAAUUUUUCCAUAAAUUUAAGUGAAAAUCACAACAUUUCUACGUAUUUUUAAUGAAUUUUGCAAUUUUAUUUGCUUGUAAAUAGUCCAUAUAAUCUCACUUAAUUAUGUAUUCUAGAAUGUUGUAACAGGCCAAGGCUCCUUUCACAACCUCUUGGGCCAAAAUCACAGCUCAAUACUCUAAAAUAUUUACAUAGUGUUAUUUUUUAAAUUCCAAUACAUUUAAAAUGUGAAUCAUUAAAAAAAUAUGCCGGCACCACCCAUAGUCACUGGGCGACAAAAUCUCAGCACUGGUUUCACCCAGUUAACAUGUUAUUUUAUGCCCUGAAUAGGCCUGUUUGAUUUAAUACGAUGGUAUUCAAACCAAUAAUUGGAAAUAGUGUGAUUGUAAAACUACAUUUAUCUUAGUUUUAGCGAAUUUCCCAUAUAGGGAAUAAGCUAUUACCGUAGUACUCAUGGUAAGACCUGGACGCGGGACCGAUUUUUGUUUUCAUUUUGAGGUCCCUAGAGGCCAAAAACACCAUCCGUUCAAAUUCAUAUAUAUAUAUAUAUAUUUAUAUAUAUAUAUAUAUGUGUCCGUUAGCACGAUAACUCGAGCAAAAAUGAUCCGAUUUUGAUGAAAUUUGGUACAAACGUGUAAACCUACGUUUAUUCGAACGAGUUCGCGAUCCAGCAUGAUCGGUCCAUGGGAACGGGGGUUUACGGGGGGUUUUAUGGGGUAAAACUAGGUUUUUCCCAUUUUUGACCCAAAAAACAUAAAAUUUAGCAAUUUCUUUCCAAACCAUUUUGUAGAGCUUAAAAAAACAAAUAAUUUAGUAUAUUGAAGCGUUAUUAUGCGCCUAAUGGUUACGGAGAAAAUUCCUAAAAAUUGUAAAUUUAAAAUUCCCAUGUUAUUCUUAUGGAGAAUAAGUAAACUGUUGUAGUUUGCUUGUUUGUGAACAUAUUUUGAUCAAAUUUGGAAAAUGUUUUUAUUUCUUACUAACUAUUCACAUUUUACAAAAAAAAAAAACAGUUUUACCCUCCCUGAUGCAGCAAACCUAAGUACUUGUUAAACUAAUUCUAUUUAAAUCAAGAAUAAAUGUUAAAUUUUUAAGUAGACAUUUCAGUGUAAAUCCAAUCAGUCAAAUGGAAAUUCGCUUAGUCUGCAGGUUUGCUGCGGCGGGGGUAUUAAUCUUUUUGGUACAGUAGAACUUUUAUAACCUACCUAGGACCAUUUCCUGUAACUUAUAAAUGUAACAAAAUUCCAUUUUGUAGCCCCUGAAUUAGUUUAGUCUAUAAAUGUAACUUGGAAUAAAUAAGUAGCCUAAGUUUUGUUUUGUUCAGUUACCAUUGAGCAAAGAGUGGGCCAAAUAAAAUAUCAAGAACUUGGCUGUUUUGCAAUUAAACUAAUUCAAGUGAACAAAAUGCUACUAGGCCUAUCAUAUACAACUUUUGAAAAAACUUAGGGAAAACGUUUUUAAUCUUUUAUGUCACUAAGCUAGAAAUACAACUGGAGGUAGCACUGGUACGGCAAUUUUGCUAGAAAUUAGACAUGCUGUAAAAUUGUAAUAUUUUAGUACCAACAAGGGUAAUCGGCCAACUCAUUUGGCUCAUGGCUUUAAUACAAUCCCAUAUUCUAGUUCCAAUGUACUAAGUACAACAAUGUACUUUACCCAUUGUAACAAUGGCAGCCAAUGUCUCAAUUCUCUCAUUCAGUGCUACCUCCCUCCAGUUGUAUUUGUGGCUCACUGCUUAAGUCUAAAUAACAAAAAACACCCCCUAAAAAGGUACCUAAAAACAAUGUGAUGUGUAUGUGCCUUUUUGAAGUAUUGUGUAAUGUUUCCAGAACCAUCAAUAACCACAAGACUUAUUUUAUACUACUUUAUAUCAAACUGAAAAUUAAAUGAAAACAUUUAUUUUUAUUAUAAAUCCAAGUUUGUUUGGCUACUGUCAGGUAUGAUGUAAUGUCUUGUAUUUUUUAUUAAAACUUUGAAAUUUCUGUUAGGAUUGUAAAUGCUAGCUUGAUAUUCAGUGAAUUUGAUGUGUCACAAUAAAAAUAUUAACACUCAUUGUUUAAUUGAAGACUGUAAUAUUUAUGCUGUGCUGUACGUUUACAAAUUUAAGUCUUCUGACAUGUAAAACUAGAGUGCUAAUUAUGUGCCUUUCAAUUAUCCUAAUGUUUAUUAUUCUGUUUGUUUAAUAAACGUGUUAU